GCGCCGCCUCGCCCGGACGGGAAGCCGGCGGCAGCGGCGCGCGGAAAGCGCGGCGGGAGGAUCCGCGGACGGGAAGGCGGCUCCUCGGAAGGCCCAGCGGGCGGAAGGAGGAGGGGGUGCGGGAGCCGCGUGGGCGCGGACGGGAGGGCGGCUGCCCGCAAAGCCCGGCGCGCGGAUCCCGCCGUUGGCCCUAAGAUGGCUGUUGCGCGCGGGGCGCCGCUGCUGUAGCGCCGCGAGGAGCCGCCCGCCCGCCCGCCCGGCCCGGCCCGGCCCCGCCGCCAUGGAGUGCCCGCACCUCGGCUCCAGCGUCUGCAUCGCCCCCGACUCGGCCAAGUUCCCGCAGGGCUCGCCCUCCUCCUGGUGCUGCAGCGUGUGCCGGUCAAAUAAAAGUCCAUGGGUCUGUCUGACGUGUUCAAGUGUUCAUUGUGGAAGAUAUGUGAACGGCCAUGCAAAAAAACAUUAUGAAGAUGCACAGAUUCCUAUGACCAACCAUAAGAAAACAGAAAAACAAGAGAAAGUUCAACAUACUGUGUGUAUGGAUUGCAGUAGUUACAGUACAUACUGUUAUCGUUGUGAUGAUUUUGUUGUCAACGAUACCAAGAUGGGCCUGGUACAGAAAGUCAGAGAGCAUCUACAGAACUUGGAAAAUUCAGCCUUUACAUCAGACAGACAUAGGAAAAGAAAACUAUUGGAAAACUCAUCUCUGAACAGCAAGUUAUUAAAAGUAAAUGGAAGCACCACUGCCCUUUGUGCCACCGGCCUCCGGAACCUGGGGAAUACGUGUUUCAUGAACGCGAUCCUUCAGUCGCUGAGUAACAUUCAGCAGUUUUGCUGUUACUUCAAAGAGUUGCCCGCUGUGGAGCUGCGGAAUGGGAAGACAGCAGGCAGGAGAACUUACCAUACCAGGAGCCAGGGGGAUAAUAAUGUGUCAUUGGUGGAAGAAUUCAGAAAGACGCUGUGUGCUCUAUGGCAAGGAAGCCAAACUGCAUUUAGUCCAGAGUCUUUAUUUUAUGUGGUUUGGAAAAUAAUGCCAAAUUUUAGGGGAUACCAGCAACAGGAUGCCCACGAGUUCAUGCGUUACCUUUUGGACCAUCUACACCUGGAACUCCAGGGAGGCUUCAAUGGUGUUUCACGUUCAGUAAUCUUGCAAGAAAAUACUGGCCUGUCUGCAAGCAACAAAUGUUGCAUAAAUGGAGCUUCUACUGUUGUCACAGCAAUUUUUGGAGGCAUUCUUCAAAAUGAAGUCAACUGCCUAAUAUGUGGGACUGAAUCUAGAAAGUUUGACCCAUUCCUAGACCUUUCACUAGAUAUUCCAAGUCAGUUCAGAAAUAAACGUACUAAAAAUCAAGAAAAUGGACCAAUGUGCACGCUACGAGACUGUCUUCGCAGUUUUACAGACCUGGAAGAACUUGAUGAGACAGAGCUCUAUAUGUGCCACAAAUGCAAAAAAAAACAGAAAUCCACCAAAAAAUUCUGGAUUCAGAAACUACCAAAGGUGCUAUGCUUACACUUGAAACGAUUUCACUGGACAGCAUAUCUGAGAAACAAGGUUGAUACGUACGUUGAGUUUCCACUACGAGGCCUAGACAUGAAAUGCUAUUUGUUAGAGCCAGAAAACAGCGGCCCAGAAAGCUGCCUGUAUGACCUUGCAGCUGUUGUUGUGCAUCAUGGUUCAGGUGUUGGCUCUGGACAUUACACUGCAUAUGCAACGCACGAAGGUCGUUGGUUCCAUUUCAACGACAGUACUGUAACUCUGACCGACGAGGAGACUGUGGUAAAGGCAAAAGCCUACAUCCUCUUCUACGUGGAACGGCAAGCCAAAUCUGGAUCAGACAAACUUUAAUACCUCCUUCUAAUUCUCACUUACCAAGUCCACCGGAUAAAACAUUUCCAUUUCUCCAUAAAUACUUGAUCCAAGACUAUUAAUUUCAUUGUGCACUUUUCAAUUUCCUCUUGUGGGUUUUAGUUUUGUUGUGUCAAUGGUAGCAUUUGACUUACUGAACUUGGACACAAACUAACUUUUUUUUUAGUUAUACCAGAAAACCUCAGCAGAUUUUGAUUUGCUGCUUUAGUUGUGAUAACUCAAUUUUUAUAUAUAUAGUUUAAUGAAAUACUUAGUUAUUUGACUUUUUUUACAUUAAUGUUUUCAGUUCUCACUUUCUAAAGGCACAUUUACAUCAGAGAAGCUUUCUGUCCUCCUUGCAAGCAAGAUAAAUGUGCUCCUGAUUAUGAAGAGCAAUACAACCUCAUGCUGCUCUCACAGCUGUUAUGUAGAUAUGAUUUAAUCUCUUUAAAUCAAGGAAUUAUUUGCACAUAAUAUUUUCCCUUGUGCAAGAAACCAAGCAGUGACCUCUGAGCAAUCAUUCAUUAUCUGCAGAAGAGAUGAGAGACAGCAUCAUUAAAUAGACCAGGUAAUUGCUGCUAUUGGUGUGUAUUCAGGCUGCUGACGUUCAGGAAUCAUUGUAAAUAAAUAGUUGGUUCAGUUGUAUCUAUACUGCAAUUAAUUCAAGUGUUCCUCACAUGCUCUUCCUUUCCCCCCCCCUCAAUUUUUUUAAUUAAUUAUUUUAAAAAUAUAUACAUGUCUUAAUUGUGUUGGGAUUUUUUUUUUAUGAACCUGAAUUGCCAGAGCCAUCUUUGUUUCAGAUUUUAAUCCUGAAAUUUGAUCAUAAACAAUUACUUGCUUUAAAACUUAACUUAAAGACUUCCUGGCACUGGGGCCCCAGCCCUCUUUUGUGGUGGAAUGGGGGAACACAGCCCCAAAGCCUAGAGUUUUGAGAAAACACGCUUAAGUCGAAAUACAGUGCCUGUCCAUCUUCAAUGCCCACAGUUUGCUUAAAACUGAAAGGAACUUUAUGUAAUUCAAGGUGCUCUGUGUGACUUUUGCUGUCGCAGUUGAAAUACAAACUGUAAAGGGAAGAUACUCGUUUUCAUACCUGUAAGAUCUUACUGCACGCCUGUCUGAUGGGAGCUGUUCAGCCAAAAAAGUCCUGUUGAAUGGAACAGCAAAAUACUCACUAGCCCAGCCAUGGGUUUUGUUUGUUUUUGAGUUGUUUUGUUGUUGUUGUUUUUUUCCUUUUUAAUAGUCUCUGGACUUACUUACUUAAACUGGAGGUAUGAUAUGAUUUCUUAAACCUGUCUAUGUAAUAGAAAAAUUUCAGUUUGCAGUUAGAUUUUAACUGUAUUGGUCACAUUCUGGGUAGUAGAAGUCAAACCCUCUCCGUCAAUGAGAUUUAAGAGGACAGGAGAACCUAUGUUGCAAAAUCUAGGUGUCCAGAAAAAUCUGAAAUUUGACCAAUGUGACUGCUCUUUUUUUUUUUUUUUUUUUCCUUCCCUUACACCUCUUCCCCCUGCCCUUGCUCCCACAAGCCAGCCCCUGUGUGCCUAGCCAGUAACUAGACAUCCUGCACUCUCAAAAGCUUGGUGAUAAGAGUAGAACAAACUUCACGUAGGCUUAUUAGAACCAAACAGCAUCUUUUUGCUAACAAAAGUACAAAGUACAAAGUAUGUAUUGUAUGUUGUUUUGAUAACAAAGUACAACAUAGUUGUUGGAAAACACGUAAUAAUUCAAGAAAAAUGUGAUGAUUACCCUUUCUUAGCUAAUGUUUCUAAAGGACAUAUAUACGUGCAUAGUAAAAGUAGCCCUAAAAAUUGUACCAUAGCUCAACUUGAUACACAUUUGAGUAAAUACUGAUCCCCCUGUUGUGGGGAUACCUGCUAGCUGAAAUCAAAAACACAAUCAAUCAGAUAUUUUUUGUGGCUUUUUCACUCCCCCUUAAACCAGGGGGAGACACUGGCUUUAUGUAAAAAAGUGCAGAAAAUAGUCAGCAUUGCUAAUUGUGUAUGAAUAGGUAAACUAUACACUAGCUAAAAACCUAUUGUGAUUAUUAUCACAAUAUUAUAUGUCUACGUUGUGACAUUAUAUAUUAUAUACAUACAUACACACACAGAUGUCUCUUUUUUUUUUUUUUGUUUUCCCUAAGUAAGUAAGUAAUAAGCUGAAUUAAUAGAACUAUUCAUUGUUUUAAAUUGUAGACAGCUUGUCACCUAGUUUUCCAGUUUCUUGCAGCCAGAACCUUUGUUCCAUCAGAACAGUUAGUGGUUAUCACUGCUGCAUGCAGAAGAAGGUGUGCGACAGACUUCAUCAGUGUAUGGGGCAAGGGAAGUAUCUUUUAACACAUUUCUACCUUGAAGGGCAGCCCUGCUGCUCACAUUUGGGGCAAUUAAAUAGUUCCAGCUCUGUUUGCAUUCUGUCUGUAUGCUGCUUCAAUUGGAUUGCUUUAGAAUUUUAGUUUAGGGGAAUAUAAGAAGUAUUAAAAUACACAACUAGCCAUGGCCACAAACAGUUUAACUUGCAGUAGUCAAGCAGAUUCCAGCCUUGCAAACCAGUGAUGUAAAUGUGCCUUUGUUUGUUUAGAAACUUUAAAUUUGUAAGCUUCAUCAACAUUCACUUAUUUUAAACAGCU